UCCCGGCGACACCAGAGGGAGGAGCCAGACAGUUACUAGCGUCGUUGCUAAGGCCGGGGCCGCGCUCACCGCACACCACGCGGCUUAACAACAGGCUGGGAGGACAGCGGGGCGGGGUUAGACGGGAAGUUCCGUCUCAGCCUCUCACUCAGCGGCGGUGUCGCACUUCUCCUGAGAGGCUCCGGCGAGGGGCAGGGCCGCGGUCGUCCGGGACCCGCCUCAAGCCUCGCAGGCUUUCACCCAGUUUCCUCCCGAUUCUUGCUGGGACAACAUAAUUGGGAAGCGGUUCUCGAAACAUACUCUCAAGGCGUAGUUGCAGAACUGCAUAUGUGAUUAAGGAGAUGGGCUAAAUUACCCUGGAUUGUCUCGGUGGCUGGACAUAAUCAAAGAGUUCUUAUGAGAGGAAGACAAGAUGUCAAGAAAGGGGAGAAGACUCUACACUGCUGGCUUUGAAGAUAGAGGGAGGAGGUCUGAGCAAAGGAUAGCAGCAGUUUGGUCGCCCAACUCACACUGAUGCCUAAGACCCAGCUGAUUAAAGUUACUGUACCAUGGCAGGCCAACGAACAUGUCAAAGGAGGAGCAGCAGAGCUGUCCCCAGGAAAAUGCAAGAACCUCCAAAGAGCAUUGAAGAAUUCUUAAAGUUUCAAAAUUGGGAUUAUUGGCCAAGGGAAAUCCAUUUUAGAGAUGGUGAUAAAUGGUCAUGCACUCUGAAAAAAAUAAAAGAAGAUAGUUCAUUUGUUUCAAUUUAUACACACCUAUGGGAAAGUGUUCCUCGAAUAUUUGAAGCACUUUUGAUCAUGGAAUCAAAAUUAAAGGAAUAUUCACUUAUUUUGCAAAACCACACCUCUAAAAUAUUUAAGUGGAAAAGCAUGAUUUCUGAGACAAGUUCUUACAGAAAAUUGGAACGAUAUGGGGAAUUUCUAAAGAAGUACCAUAAGAAAAAAAAGAUAAUGCUUUCAGAUGAAAUGGAAACAGAGAAGAAUAUAGAGGGUUGCAGCUUCACAGGAUUCAAAGCAAAUGAACUUACUCAGCUACCCAGACAUUUGGAUGCCGAACAAAUUUAUCUUUUUAUUUUAAAAGCCCAUAAUUUUGAUGAAAGAGUUUUUAAAAUCUGGAAGACUCAUUUUCUCUCAGAAGCCUCCAUUGCUGUUUUGCAUGACUCCUUUUGGUGGUGGUUUCUCCAUAAAUUUAGGCCUGACAGAGAAAACCAAGACUGCUUAUUCGAUAGAAUUUCAGAAAGUUAUGUGACACUUUUCAUGAGCAUACCUCUAAGUCGAAAGGAUGCAUUUUUUCAGAUAUAUCCUGAUUGUUUGGCACAAGCCAUAUAUGCAACAUUCCAUGAAGCAUUUCCAGAAUCCAGUUACCUCUUUAAUGAUGAAUUUAAAGAAGACCUAGGGAAUAACAUUUUCCUUUGGUGUUCAGGUUUAAAACCUCAAAAAGGCUUUUGGAUGCACUGGAAACUGAAAGAACUCUCCACAACCACCAUUCAUGGCAGCAAAAAAGCACCUGCAAAAUCAGUAAAGGAAAGAAUUGCAGACAGUGAAGAACGUAUAUCAACUAUCUGAAGGAGGCCAGUUGCCAUGUUAUAAGGACACUCAGGAAGCCUGUGGAGAGGCCCACAUAGCAAAGAGGAAGUUUCUGGCCAACAGCCUGAUAGAAACAGAGGCCUGCCAACAACCAUGUGAGAAUGCUUUAUAUAGAUCCUUCAGCCCCAGUCAAGACUUGAGAAGACUUCAGCCCUAGCUGACAGUUUGAUUGCAACCUCAUAAGAGUCCCUAAGACCAACCCGCUCAGCUAAGCUACUCCCAAAUUCCUGACCCUCUGAAACUGCAAGAUAAUAAAUACUGUUUUAAGCUGGUAAAUUUUAGGUAACUUGUUAUGCAACAAUAGAUAACUAAUUUUCUCUCUCUCUCUUUCUCUCUCUCUCUCUUUUUUCUCUGUCUUCUCUUUCUCUCCUUCUCUCACCUCACCACCCACUCUCUCUCUCUCUCUCUCUCUCUCUCAGUUGCUUAGCACUAUUGGUAACAUUUAACAACUGAAAUCUAUUCAAGAAAUCUGGCCUACCUCUCUUCAAUUUUUAUUUAUAAAACAAAUACAAAAACAAAAACUGAGGCCCAGGAUAGUCAAGUAUUUGCCCAAGGUCAUUCAGUUAAUUAUUGGAAGAAAAAGGAUUAACACCUAGGUUCCAUAAUAUAUGAUACAGUAUUAUUUCCUUGUCCUCAUGCUCCCUCUCACUUUCUUAUCAACUCAGUCUACUCCUAUGCUAUAUAUAAUGUGUAUUAAUAUUUAUACAAAAUAACACUAUUGGUGUGAUAAGCUAAGACUGAUGAAUCAUUGGUGAAUUUUCUAGCCUACUUUUCUCCCCUUUCUCUUCUGCAAUUGACAAUCUGGUCCAUUUAUAAAUCCCUGUAUCAAAGACUGGGUGGAACAAAGCAAUGGAUAUUCAUUAUCAUGAGUUAAUUUCAUUGCUUUGUGGGUAGUUCUGGUAAGAGGAUUUGGUAAGAAAGGUUAAAUUUUUAACAAAGUAAUAUUUGAGUUAUUAAUUGAUAUUAACUAUCCAGGUCAUUUUUGUGAAUAAUGUAAAUGACUAUUUUUGAUUAGUUACUGCUUGUACUAUUCCUCGAUGGCUCCUUAUAGCCUAUGGGUAAAGCUUCAUAUUCCCUAAAACAGCUUUCCAAGAUAUGAGACUUCCCUGCAGUCUUAUCUCUUCCUACUUCCUAUCUUAAACUUGGUGCUCCUGAAACACUAAUUCCCAUACAAACCUACUGACACACAACUCAGCUUUUUCUUCAUGUACUAUUUUCCAGGAAGGGAUACCCUUUCUUCUGACUCCCUUCCCCAUUUCCUACCCUCUUCUCUAGCCUGAUUCACUCCCACUGGCUCUUUGAGAUGUGGUGAAAAUAUGUUUUUUGAGAGUCUUGCCCUUUCUCUCCCAGGUUCUGUUAGCUGGCCUGCACUAGAGUCCUCUAAUUCCCUGAACAUAUCUUUAUCACAGUACUUACUAUAUUCUACUGAAAUUGACUCUGUGGCAUUGGUAUCCACACAUAUGCUGAAUUUUUUCAAUACUGGGUCCUUGCAUUGUGUAUCUGUGCAUACACAGUACAUAAUACGUAAUAUAUGCUCAUAAAUAUUGCAAUAAAUAGUAUUCUAAUUGCUGGAAAGAGCCACUGCAACUUUCAGAAUACAAACCUUCUAAGAUAUUCUUAAGACACUGAAAGAACCUAAAGUUAAUCAAGUCAGAAAUAAUGCAUGUCUAGUUUUCAGAAAAAUAUUGAGAAACAGAGAUAUGAUUUACCCAGAAUCACACCCCCAAAAAAAUCCUUAAAAUAGAAUUCCAGAUAUACUAUCUUUGCAUUAAUUCAUCAUUUUUAUUCCCUUUCUUUUGCCUCUUACUUUUUGUGGAGCACAGUCCUAAAAGGAUUAAAAAUAAACUAAGGACAUGGACAAAAGAAAGAACCUAUUUGCCAGUAAACUGUUUCUUUUUCACCGUCCUUCAGACAUGCUUGUUAAAACAAACUCUCUGCUGUUUCUUUUAUUUGUUUUUGUGUUGCUUUGUAUUUGGAUUUAGUGGCUUUAGGGAAGGAAAUUAUCUUUAGGCAUUCCUAAAUAUGACUAAGUUAUCUGAGAUUAUCUGAAAUUAAACUGUAUAUAUGCAGUUUAAUAUAUAAUAUAUGUAGUGUCUGGAUAAUUAUUAUUAUGCAUUCUAUAAUAAUUUUCCAGACACUAAAGAAGUAUAAAUAGUUUUAAUAAAUGUCAGAAAUGUGUUUAAAAUACAACCAAGUUAAAUUUUGUAGCAUCUUUAGCAAUGUGUAAGCAAAAUAAACUGAAGGUUGCUACGCCUUCUCAGGGGAAGACAGAUGGAUAUGUUUUGUACAAGGAAAGUUGGAGUAAGUUUUUAUUUAAUAAGAUGAAGAUAAUGCCAAGUAUUCAUUAGGUCAUAUUACAGAGAAGAAAAUUUCAGUUGUUUGUAUUUCUUCAGAUGCAAAUUAUCCCACUGCUUGACACAAAUUAAUAUGCGAUGUUUUGAUAACACCAGUGACAGUAUAAUGAUGCCUGUGGUGAUACUAAAACCGUGCUUUGGAGUUAAACCUACUUGGAUUCACAUCCCAACUUUGACAGUUACUAGCUAUGUAACCUAGAGCAAGUUACUUAAUUCUGUCAGCCAAAUCUCCCACAUCUGCAAAUGAGGAUAAGUCUGCCCACCUAAUAAGAGCCCUGUGAGGAUUAAAUUAAAUAAUGUAUAUAAAGUGUUUAACACAGUGCCAGGCACAUAGAAACCACUCACACAUUUAAUUUUUAUUGUAGUAGUCAUUUUGUUAUCUUAAUACUAAUGGCCCAUGUUUUCAUUGAGGGAAAAAAUUUACUUAAAAAUGCCUCAUUUUUCCUCUUCACAGUCUCUUAGUAACCAACUUGUGUUGAUUAUAGGAAAGCUGGAAGGUUUAAAGCAGGAUUCUAUAUAUGAACUUCUUGCUCCUUAAUAUACAAUGAUGUUAAUCGCACAAUGUACUCAUCAGAACUACUAUGCAAUAUCUAAUCUUUGUAAGUUAACUGACUACUCAAAUAUUUUCAGAAAACAAUCAACACUGUAUGCAAAGGUUUUUGAUAGGAUCAUCUGAAACACUGGCUAAUUUUGAACACCAAUCUUUCUUCAUUAAAAUGAACAACAUCUAAAUAGGAAGUAAAACAGGCCCAUGUAUAAUUUUAAAACAGUUAGAAUUUAUAUACCAGCAAACUUAUUAAGCUGGCCAAUUUCCUGAGGGUCUUUUUUUUCUUCCAUGAAAUGAAGUAACAGUGUAAUUGCAAGCUUACAGCAUGGAGAUAUUUUGAGAAUUAAUCAGAAUGGAAUAAAGUACUCUGUACCAAUUUCAAUAUUGGCAUAUGUAUUUUUAAAGAAUUAACAUUAAUUAUAUACUUACAUUUAUUCACUCAAUAAAAAUGUUCCCAGUUGUACAUUGUAAGAUUUAGCAGACUAAAUUAAAAGAUUUAUGGCAACAGUAACAAAUUUACUUCUAUACAGUGCAGUAAUUUUAGUGGUAAUAUUAAUUUGAAUAUCUAAUAAACUACUAAAUAGUACUUCAAAACAUCAUAAAUUUUAAAUUACAACACAGCAACUAUGAUAUAGAUUUAUGCUCAUCUUCUUUGGGGUAUCUAUUAUUAUUCAAUAUCUGGCCAUCUUCCAGCCAGUUAAGAGAAAAUUUGAAGACCAAAUUUGGCCAGAAUCUUUUCAAAGCUGAAAGCACUUCUGUGUGCCUGUUAAACAUCCAACAUUAUUUUAUAACACAUUAUUUAUACAAGAAGGGAGGUGAGCCUAAUUUUGCAGAAACAAAGACAUAUCAGUAGUUUUAUAAAAGCAGCAUACUUCAUGAAUUAGAGGGCAUAAAACUAUGCACAGCUGCUUGACUACUGAGUGUCUUGAUUACAUAGUUGAAACAGGUGAUCCAGUGCUCAUGGUAGUAAAAGUAUGUCUUAUCUUAAAGAAUGUGGUAGAUAACCUUCAUAAUUUUGUCCUUACAUGCCAAACAUAUGACUCAAAAUUAUUAUUUUUCUCACAUUUUAGAAACUGUUAGGAAAAAGGACUCCAUAAAGAUAACUUCGAUUUUACAGUGAUUAUUUGUCAACAGCUGACAUAGGCAAGUUACACUUAUGAUCAAAGAUUGAAAAGGCACUAAAAAGUGAAAAAUAUUUCAUUCAUUUUUUUUCACAUUUAUUCCUUUUCCCCAUGUACCCCCCUCUCACUUCAUACACAAUGAUUUUAAUGUAUACCAUUUUGUAUGUGUUCGAAAUGGACAUUACUGUUUUGUAUGAAUGUAUUUUUAUUGUUGUAAAAUACACACAACAUACUGUUCAUCAUAAAAAAGUGAAAAAUAUGUAGUUAUUCAGAAAAAAUAUAUUAUUCCAAUUGAAUUAUGCCUUUAAAAUUUCCCUUUAAAGGAAAAACAUUGUAUGAACUUUGAGAAAUUGGUUCUCUCUUUUUAUUAAUUCAACAAAUAAUCAUUGAUGUUUUCCCUUGCCAGAUUGAGCAUACACAGUGAACAAAUUCACAGUCUAUGUUUUUAGAUAAAUUAAGUUGCUGGUAGUUAUAUUUUUAAUAAACAUGGCAAUCAUUCGAAGCAUGCAAAUUAAUAAAGAGUAAAUGUUCUUAUAUUUUUAAUAGAAAAAAAAACUUUUACCUUGGUGAGUUUAACAUUGAUACUUGGAAAGAUGUUAAAUCACUUUUCAUUUCCCAAUCUUGCAGUACUGUUACGACCAAACAUCUACAAAAGGCAUUUCCUCUGAGGAUAAUACAUCUGUCCUCUAUCUUUUGUCCUUUCAUCCUUCAGGCCAUUUCCUCUCAGGAAAGAUUUCCAUGCCCUUCUCCUUGUGUUGGGUUAGACAACCUGCGAUGUGCUCUAAACUUACUCACUCUGACUUGGAGUUCUCUCUUGACUCCCAACUGUUAAUUCUGUAAAAGCAUGGACUGUAUAUUUGCUUACUAUUGUAUUCUUAGUCUAGCAAAAGGAGGUAUAAAUAACUUGUUUGAAUUAAUUUAAAAAAAUAAAAGUCAUUAGCCUUUAAAAUUUUCCAUAUCUUCAUUAUUCAUGCAAACAAAGGAGGAAACUAUGUAGCACCUACAAGUGACCUUCCUAUGAGAGCUGCCUCAAUAUGAACCAGAUAAACUAGGCCUAUGGUCAGAAGUACAGUUAGAGACCCCGUAAGAUACCAAAAGACUCCUGAAGAUCAGGCUACUGACACUAAAAUGAAAUGAGAGUGGAUUCACCAACUUUCUCGACUUCUCCCCAGUUCUCUCUUCCUAUACAUAUGCCCUCUCCUCCCUUCAGUGCUGAUCACCAACUCCAGGAUCAAUAUUAGUAGGCAGACCCCUGCCCCAAAAUUAUCAGUCCACUUCUUGUUUUCUAGUAUAGCUCAUUUAAUUAUUAAAGACUUUUUCUCUUUUUGUCUCUAAUGCAGAUAUUCCUUAAACCAGUAUCAACUAUGAAUUACUAUUUUUUUCUGUUUAUAGUUUUUGGCAUGCAUGGAUUAGCUGGCAGUCAUGUGGGAACAAGAAUGGGUGUCAUGGAGGGCCACAGCUCCUCUAGAAUUGGUCUUCACUAUGCCCUGCCAAUCAACCUUCCAGUGUCACCAGUGGUAACUGUGUCUGCUUAUAUAGUUGGCCUCUACAAUAAACCAAAUUUUCCACCAGUUCCUUGAAAUCACCUAGAAAGACAUUAAAUCAAAUUGCUUCUGGAGGCCUUUUUUUUUAAUGAUAGAGAAUGAGAGGGAAGUGAGGUGUAUUUCUCUUUUAUUUCAGCAAGGCGUUUAAUUCUUGCCCACUUUAAAUUUUCAUGAUAAUUUAGUAAUCUAUUUCUUAUUUACAACUAAUUUUAAAUGUGUAAUAAAUUAAAGGAUAAAUAUAUUGAGUGAUCACCAAUCUUUCUCCCCUCUUUCACCCUUUCACCUCUUAUAUUGGGCUAAGUGCUGCUGCUUCUACCACUGGAAGAUUAAAAAAAAUAAAAAGUAAGAUUUGGUACUUAUUUUCCCAGAACUGACAUUCUAGUGACAGUGCCAAAUGCAAACAGAAAGAAUUAUAAGACAAGGCAGAUGUGCUGUGCACAGGUAGAAAAGCAAUUGGGGCACAGAAAGAGAAUAAGACCAUUAUUGGCUCUGUAUUUAAAAUCUCAAAUAAUUGAUUUCUUCAAAGAAUGUGAAGAUUCAUUCAUUAAAUUUGUAGUCCUUUCAUCAAGUUAUGUUAAAUUUCUAAAUAAUUUUUAGCCAGUAAAUGAAACAUUUCUUUAUUGAAAUAAUUGAAAUAGCAACAACUUUUGCUCCAACUACUUUUUUGAAAAGUAAAAAUUUAUUGUUUUAGAUAUAUACAGUAAGAAUUUUUCAAUCAUAUUAGGAUCCUAAAGCAUUUUUAGGUUACAGCAUAGGAAAUGUUUUUGGUUAGUUUAUCGGUGGCCCAAAUAAUAGCUGUUGGGCAUCAUUUCUUGUUACAGGAGGGUGGUCCUAUAAAUCUGCUCAGAACUCAGAAAGAAUUUUAAAUUAGGCUUAAAUCCCACUGCAAAUCCCUGGAUUUCUGUCCAGUAUUCAUGCACAAAAUAUUACUCUAAUAGUCCGAAAUCAUAUAUAAUCUUCUGACUUCGGCAUACAUGCUUAGUUGGUCAUUAUUAAAAUGUUGGUUCAGGUCAAUUGUAUAGUUUUUUUAUUUGGUUCAAACAAUUUAGUGGCAACUUCGUUUAGUUCUCGACGACACCAAGGAUAGAUCCUUAGACAAUAGUUCUCAAGUUGAAAUUUAAUAAAAUUUAAAUAUUCCACCCAAACCAGGGACUAAGAAUGGAGGUGAGGGAGAGGAGGAGUGUUAUGUUGUCAAAUAAGUUUAAGAAAUCAUGUAUACUCUUUUCCUAGAGUUUUUAAAAUUCACAUUAGUAUAGUAUAGACUCAGAGAAAUUAUUCUGAAAAAAAUUGCUCAGUUUUAUUUAACCUAAUAUUUCUCAGCGGGUUAGUUAGAGAAGCUGUGCUGCAGGAAACAGCCUUAAUAUCUCAGGGGGCACUAGUGUUAUAAAGAAACACAGUUUGGAAAUAUUACCUUAAGAAAAUUCCGCAAGCUGAGUUCAUUCUGAAUUUGGUCUCAAACCAUUUUCUUAGCAUUACUUACAGUUACAUCUAAAGUUCAAAUAGCCAGAUAAAAUGGGAAGUAUUACAAUAGAAUAUAACAAAUGUGGUAUUUGAGGAUAUUGAAACAUGUCUUAUUUCUCUUACAUUAAUCUUAAAAAUAAAUUCAGUUUCAGAAUAAUUCUGAUAUAUAAGCAAAGAUUAUUACAGUUUUCAGCACAAAAUCAACCAAGAGAUUCAAACCUAUAUGAGUAAUACCUGUAAUAAUCUAUUAUCAUUUCAACCCCUCUGUAUUAUUAUCUGAAAUUAUUAUUUCAAUUUCUAGUUAAAUCCAACCCCCAGCAUUUUAGUGGUUUUGUUUCUUCCCUCUACUAUCUUCUCAUUCCAUUGUCUCAUUUUUAACUGCAUCAAGAAAGCUAGUGGAGCUAUAUUUUAUGAGAAACUUGGCUUCAUUUUAAGUUUACAGAAGAUUUAAAAUCCAUUAAUUUUUAUGUAAAGUCUUUUUCCUUUUCUCUUUUGCUCUUUUUCCUCCUGUUCACAAAGAUAUUUUCUUCCUCUUUAUUUUUAGAGGGACACUAGCUAAUGACUCUAUCAAGUACUCAUGACCACUCCAGUAGAAGAGAUUACUUUCUUCUGGAGGGAAGUUAAGCAACUGGAGGAUCUCUAGAGCCAGUUCUCCCCAGUAUACAUCAAAUUUUUUUCCUCUGAGAAUGAUGUUGCCUGCCUAAAGACAAGGUUUUACCUGGGCAUGGGUACUGGAUAAUUCUCCUCUCUCACUCUCCAUCUUAAUCACUUUGUCUUUAUAUAUUACUACACAAACCCUUUCAUACACAUAGUUAAGGAACUUUAAUGACAUUUUUGUUAGUGAAUUUGACACGACUUCUCUACUAAAGAUAUGUCCAGAUAUAAUCUCAAAUGCAGAUAUAAAACUUGGUCCAAAAGCGGUUAAACAUUCAGGAACUCUUUGACAUAAUUUUCCAAAUCAUGUGAAAGGCAGAGGAUUUUCAUUUACAACCUAUUUGAGGGGUAAAAAUGUUAGAUAUUGUUUAGUAAAGGAGUUUAUAUUGAAGUCUAUUUCACUGAACAAGAGUCAUUUUUCUCCAUAUUACUGAAGUAUACAUAAUUUUAUUGUAUGUGAGAUAUAUAAAAUUUAAAAAUGGAAAAGUAUUAUAUUCCAAUAGUGAUGUUAGAUAAGUUAUUGUGCUACCAAAAAUUGUGUGAUACAAAGGAAGAAAGCUAUGAUCCUUAGAAAAUAAAAAAAGCUUUGCCUUAAUGUUGUGCAUCAUUCCAGUCUUAAAAAGAGAACAGUCCUCUAGCUUUAUGUCUUUUCUCUGAUCUGGAUAGACCCUUGCUAUGGUUUGAAUGUCCCCUCCAAAACUCAUGUUGAAAUUUAACUGCCAUUGUGAUGGUAUUAAGAGAUGGGACCAUUAGAGGUGAUUAGGCCAUGAAGGCUUCAACAUCCUGAAUAGAUUAAUGUCAUUUUCUCAGAAGUGGGUUAUCAAGAGAGUGGGUUGUUACAAAAAAUGAUUUCAGCCAUGUCUGUCUCAUACUCUCUUACUCUCAUACAUUCUUGCCCUUCUACCUUCCACCGUGGAAUGACACAGCAAGCAGGCCCUUGCUAGAUGCCAUUACCUUGAUAUUGGACUUCCCAGCCUCCAGAGCUGUGAAGAAUAAAUUUCUUUUCUUAUAAAUUAUCCAGUCUGCAUUAUUCUCUUAUAUCAACACAAAGCAGACUUAAGCCAACCCUCUAGAACUGUGGUUCCCUCCCCCUGGGUUUCCUAGGCUGGAGCUUGUCUCCUUAAACCUCUGCCUGUGAACUUGGUGGUGUGGCCAUGAGAGGUGAGAUCCUAAUCUGGGGGCAUCUGAGUUCAUAGUCAUAAGGUGGCUCAUUUAAGUGCAGAAUAAGCAGACACUGAGGCCUGUACUCCAAGUACCCUACUGCAACACCACUUUAAAGUGUCAGAAGAGAUGCAGACCUGCCUGUCAUUGUGAGACUGUGGCACAGAACCUAUUCUUCCCUGCAGCUAACUCAUUCACCAAAGCAGUCUUCUUAACAUAGUAGCUACAGAGCUAUCAUCACAUGCAUUUCCAGGCCAGUUCACCAAAUGUUGGAGCCACUAAGAUUUGUCAGAGAGGUCAAAUGAGCCCAGAAGAACCCUCUCGGUGCAUAAUUCAGAGAUUUAUGCCUAAUCAAGCCUAUUUCAAAAUCUUCUAGGGUUCAAGUUAACUUUGAAUCCCUCUACAGGGUCUGAAACAUUCCCAAGACACCUGAGGUGGUCCAGACUGAAUUAGAAUUGUUGGUCUCCAUAAGCAGUGGUUUGCAACCUUAGCUGCACUUUAAAGUCAUUGGAGAACUUUAACAAAUACUAAUGCCUGGUCUUUCCCGCCUUUAUGAGAUUCUGACUUAAUUCCCCAGUAAUCUAAUGUGAUCCCCUUAGUCCAGUGGUUCUCAUCCCUGGCAGCAUGUCAGAAUUAUCUGGGGAGCUUUUAAAAUUCCUGAUGCCCAGACUGUACCUCAGAUCAAUGUAAUGAAACAUUUUUUGUCAGUGGAAGCUGGCAUCAGUAUUUUUUUAAAGUUCCCCAGCUGAUUGUAAUAUUUAGACAAGGUUGAGAAAUAGAAAAAUCUAGAAAAGGCAACCCUUUCAAUAUAUCUAAGAGCUGACUUCUUCCAUUCUCUGUAAUUCACUUGGGCCUCUGAAUGCUCUAAAACUGUAGGCUAAAGAGUUAUUGUACAGCUGAGUCAUAAGGGUCAGUCUAGAUGAGGAUUUACAAAAGAGAAAAGAGAUGAUAAGAGAUGCACUCGUGGCAAUGAAUGAACUUAUUAGCACUUCAUAAGUGCCAGGCACAUGUGAUAGCCAAAAAGAAAAGAUUAUGAAAUUAAAAACUAAUCAAAGAAUAGCUAAUAUUUUCAAAUCUGCUCCCCAGCAAUUUAUCCAUUCUCCAUAAUUUAAAGCCCUAACAAGUUACUUAAGGGAAUGCGGGUCACCAUCUCUACAAGAUUCUACCUUGUCUAUAAUUGCUAGGAUUUUGGUUUGACUGCAUAGAUAUGUUACUUAUUAUCUAUUUUUUUAAAGGCAGGGGUUGUCCUUACAUUGCUAUUUUUGAUUCUGAUAAUGUGAAUUAUUGUUCUUUUAGAUAACUUGCUAAGAACUGUUUAGAAUAUAAGCAAAUUUACCAUCUCCAUAUUCAGAGGCGAUAUGUGUAUUUGCUGGCUUCCAACAGACAUUAUUGUUAAGUAGGAGCCUAUCCAAAGAAUUGUUGACAAAUGAGUCGCUGAAGGUUUUGUAGCCAAAGUCAAAUUCAGCAACGCUGUGUUUAUUUGCCUUUUGCCAAUUGUUAGGCCAUAUCCCAUCACAGUCUAACAGUCCAAAAGAGAAUAUUGCCAAAUCAUUGGCCAGUUUUCAAAAUGGCUAACCCUUUUCUUGCUAUGGAACUAACAAUGCUUCAUUAUAAUCAUUCUUGGCAAUUUAUGACAAGAAAUUCUUAAAAGGAGUAGAUGUUAUUGGCUAUUAUUGGGAAGAGCACAACUUUUUAGUAAUUGGAUACCAAAAGCAAGAAAAUUAUCCUGAGGGAUUGGAUUCUGUCUUCCACAUCUGUCUGUCAAGGCGGUCACUGAGUGCGCAGUGCACUGCUGCUGUCUCUCAUUCGGCACCUCAAUACUCAGCUUAAAGAGCAGUGUUAUUUCUGUCAGGUGCAGAAUGAUAGCCUCUGUCUGCUGUUGGAUUGCGUGGUGCAGCAGUUAUCUAAAUUCACCCUCUGAUCUUGUCCCCAUGGGGAGAGUACUGACAACAAAAGUGGAAGUAUUGACCAUUCAUUUCACCCUUUCAUGAUGUUCUCAAUGCUCUUCUUCUUCUUCUGCAGAGAAAAUGAAUAUUUACUUCAUUUGAAUGUGUACUUUGGAGGGACAUUUUGUGCUUUUAGUAUUCUUAUGAUUAGUUAAGGUUAGGUACCAGUUUCAUCACCUGGAAACUCACUGUUAGGCUAAAUGUGAAGCCACCGGAGAGAUAAGUAAAGAGGAGAGACUUUCUGCCUCCUGGGUAACAGUAGUACACAAUCCUUAUGACCAGUUCUCUAGUAGCAGCUUCUGUCCCCUCAAGAGUCAGAAAUGUGGUCCAAUAUCUCUUGGCCUCUCAUGAAUUCCCCCAUCUUCAUAGUUCUUAUUUAUAUGUCUACUAAUACAAGUCUUAUUUCCGUUGGAUUCCUUGGUGCACUCUUUGUGUAAUAUAUUCAUUCUAAUCUAAACUUAAAAUAUUUCACAAAACAGCACAGUAAUUAAGGUAAGACUAAAGUAAGUGACAACCUCACAAUCCAGGAUAGCUUAAGUAAUUUUUAAAAAUUCCCUUAAGCUAUGAGACAUGAGCAGUCACAUCCAAUUGCCCACCACUCCCUUUUCUUUUUCCAUGCCCUCCAUCCAUCUACCCCAGCCCAAAACAUUCUGGAAGCAGAAUUAUACAUCUAGAUAUUUUACUUCUCCUGCUGGCUCCAAUCCAUAUUUACUAGUAUCUUAAAAAACCACAUUCCUGUGUGGAAGCGUUGCUUCUGCUGGUGAAGUGAGUAGUCCUCUGAAGCCUAUUGACAUUCUCAGGUCAGUCAUUCAAAGAAAAGUCAUGAGAAAAGAUUGGGGACUUUCUUUUGGUAACCAAAAGAAUAAUUAUAUUUUGCAUAGCUGGCAUAUUACUUUUCAUGUAAAAUUUUAUCUUCCAAGACACUAAAAUCUAUACCAACUUAAAAGACCUCCAAAGAAAGGUGAUUGACAACCUGUUGAAAAAAUUUAAGACAUCAAAACAUUGAAAAUGAAAUUCUGAGUUUGAUUCUGAUCUUAAUCAGAAUCCUGCUGCAUUUCAUUCUAGUAGACAAUCUAAUUACCUUUUUCUCUCAUGUUAAUGAAAAUAGGAAGGAAACAUUCUUUCAUUCAUUUAUUUGUCCAUUCAAUUAAUGAUUGAGGAAUGUAAACAAUCUUCAAAUGUCAUAAUUUCAAGUUUCCAUUCUUGUUAUUUUAAACAAAUUCUGAGCAUUUUUUGAACCUGGAUUUCCUAAUAUAGCGGCUUCAACUUCACAUGUGUCAAUUAGCACAAUUGGACAUUCACUCUUAAGAUUAUUAUAGUAAGGCUACCCUUCAAAUAAUAGGAAAUGGCUAUCAGAAUUUUCUUCUAACAUGUUAUUCUCCAUAUAUUCUUCAUUGUAGCAUUUCCCUCUGUACCUAAGGACUUCCUAUAGAAAAAAAAAGGGUUCCUUAUCCUCUUUUUAACUUUGGAGAAUCUUACUGACUCCUUCUCCAAUAAGAUAGCCACAUAACCUGACAACAGUUUUAGGGUUUACUUAAAGGAUUCUGAUGAAAGUUUCCCUUUCAGGAUAAUUAACGGUACCAAGAAAGUAUACCAUAUAUACAGCCUAUUAAAAAGUUUAUAGAAGUAAACAUUAUUUACAUGAUGUGUAUCUUGUCUUUUUAGUACACUGGUAUUGUGACAUUCUAAUUUAUAACAAUAUAGGGCGACUUCCUUUUUUUUUCUUUUGUGCUAUAGGAUUGGUGUUAGAGGAAAUGGUUUACAAAAUUGGCUUUGGGGUUACUCAAAGUUAGCACUAAAUUGUGUUUCAAACUAUCAAAUAAUUUUAGCAUUUUAUGCAUGUGUACUACCUGAGUUUCAUCGUUUCAAGAAAUUUUAACACAAACAAAAUAAAAUUUACAUAUGUGAAUGUAUUUCAAUUGAAGAUACUGUUGAUCCUAAAUAAUUAUGCAUACUAUUCAUUUUCACUGGAUUUUACAUCUACUUUUUUACUUUUUCAUUACUCGGUAAAAGGAUUCAAAAGGAGUAGUCAGCAUAUAGAAUUCCACAGUUAAGGUUUGGUAACCUUGUUACUAUAAUUUGAAAUUAGUUCUGACAGCUCAUCCUAUUACUUUCAUCUCAUUCAUUGUGUGAGAUAAUUAUAAAAUGGGUAUUUAGGUUUCUUUAUAUUUAUGAAAUAUAUUCUGUGGUUUAAAAUAGAAUAGACUAUAAGAACUGGAAAGUAUCUUGGAAAUCAUCUGUAGCUAUCCCACAUUUUAUAGAUGAAAAAUUGAGGGUCAGAAAACUAAGAAAUUGUCCCCAGAUCGUUCAUAGACAGGGAGUUGACCCAUGUGUCAUAAUUUUUACCUGGGCUCUGUCCUCUCCACCAGGUUUUAUUAUCCAUGAUAUUAUUAUUGAUAUAUAGUAUUAUCCAUGAUAAUAUUAUAUAAUAUUGUUAUUAUAUCCAUGAUAUUAUCCAUGAUAAAUCUGAGCAACUUUUAAAUACAUUAAUUGUAAGCCAAAUUCUGUUGCUCAUAUAGAAGUAGAUAUCAAAAAAAUUUUCUCCAAAUAGUCAUUUCCUUAGAUAAAUUUUAGUAUAAUAAGAAUGAUCUUCUGGGACUAACAUGAUACUUUUAUUAAUCUCAGUAAUAAUAAUAAAUAAUAAUAAAACCAUAAAUGUCCAGUCAUUAAAAUGGCUUUAACAUUCUAUAUCAAUUAUGGUUAAAAAGAAGGUCCUCUCAUUUUCAUAUUGGAAACAUAAUUCUCUGAAAUUCCCAUUUAUUGGUUGAUUAGUUCAGAACCCUAAAAGUCAUUCAGUAAACAGGCAACAAAAGUUUAAGUAAUUGCUGCAAGCCUGGCACUGUGAUUUGCAGAUGUUUACACCAGUCUCCCCAUGCAUUCUUUUUCAAAUGACUUUAAAACAAUUAAUAUGAAAUUAUAUAUUAAUAACAAUGUUGUCUGAGUGCUAGUAAUGUAAACAAAAUUUAUUUUUACUAAGUAUUUUAAAUCCUUAGUGUAUAUGUUGAGGUGUGUAUCUUAUUCCAUUACAUUUAAUACUGUUGAAGUUGGUUAUUCAUCAUAACCAUUAAAUGCAAAACACAACCCUGAUAUUUUAACAUAAGAAGAAUAACUGAUUAUUGGGAAAAAUGUAAGGCUUUAAAUUGAAAAACAUGAAAUUACCAUCUUUUCCGGCUCACUUUUUUUCCCUCACUUUACGUUUUUCUUAAGGUAGCACAGAACUUUUAUGACAUAAAAGAUUUAGUUAAGGAAAAUGUUAGGAGAGAUCUGUUUUUCUGCCUAAGUUGAUAAUUAAUCAACCUAAUACAAGCUCAUUAUGACUCAAAUGAAUAAAGAUACCACAGAUUCCCUUCUAUUUUAUCAUUAUACACAAUUGCAAAGGAAUGCAUAUCUUAGCACAGAUUAAGUAUUUUAAUUUACAUCAUGAAAAUAUUAUUUCAAAGAAAAUCAAAUUAAUAUAAAUAAUUUCCCUAUUCUUUAAACUAGUGAUAAAUAGCUUUUAGUGAUAAUUUAUGAAGUUCUAAAUUAGAUAUCUUAAUGAAUUUUGCUAGACAAUAUUAAGUCACAUUUUGGUGUGAAUAAUAUUAUUUACAUUUUGCUUAACUUAUGAGCAUUUUCAGGACAAGGAGUAUAUAUUUUCAAAUUGGCUGGGAUUAUCAGUUCCAACUAUAAUGUAAGUAGAUUUGCCCUGUUCCAAGAGAUAUUUUUAGGGGCAUAGUUCAACGUAGUUCAAUUUAGAGAAAUUAGGUGACAUUUUAUUUAAUUUUUUUUCCAAGAAGCAAAAGGAAGCUGAGAAAACUUGUCACCUGAAAAUUGAUCCAUUAACAGAUUGCUAAGGUUCAUAAGCAGUACUUAAAAUAAAAUU